UUUGGUCCCGCGAUGGCGCGCUGUCGUCUCGUCCCGACCUAAGCACGGCCAGCCCGGGGGUGUGAUGAACCUACUGACAUGAUCCUGGCCAGAGGAUUCGUCUACCUGUACGUCCUGCCUGCAGUCUGGAGUCUCCGGUGCUACGUGUGUGACAACUCGGCGAACGGGGCGUGUGGCGAAUAUUUCAAGAUGUAUCAGUUCAAAGCGCUCAACUGUCCCGGAUCAGACUUCAAGUGUGGCAAACAGACCCAGCCUCCUCUACCAGGAGGCUGGGUAGGAGUGAUCAGGAGCUGCUAUCAAAUGAACUCUCUCCCUGGCAUCAACGAAUCGGACGGCUGUCACCACUGGACACUUCCGGCCGACCCAGACAACUUCACCGCGACUCUGUGUUUCUGCAGUGAGGACAUGUGUAACAGGGCAGGCGUACUUAAACCCACCUUCCACGUGGCCCUGGUCCUCGCGAUCAGUGUACUCAUGUGUAGAUGACGGGGACUCAUUGACUAAUAGUAUAAACAAUUGCGCACGUUAUAAGUGGGCCUAAUUCGCUAAAUCUGAAUGUCAAAACCGUAUUCGUGAUCAAAUUCGUAUCGCUGCACAAGGGAGAGUCGGUUUGAGAUUUCAGACAAAGUAAUUGCUACCAGGUUCUCGUCGUUAGCAGGACUGCCACGCCAUAGGAGAUUCUCGCAACUCUGCGAUAUAGCCGUGCAGGGCCACCAAUUCAGGGACCGCUGGCAACUUUGCGAUAUCGCACUACAAUACAAAUAGACUUGCGAACUCGCACUUCAAUACAAAUAGACUUGCGAUCUCGCAGGACAAUACAGACAGACCUGCGAUCUCGCACUUCAAUAAAAAUAGAUUUGCGAUCUCGCACUUCAAUACAAAUCGACUUGCGAUCUCACUUCAAUACAAAUCGACUUACGAUCUCGCACUUCAAUACCAACAGACUUGCGAUCUCGCACGUCAAUACAAAUAUACUUGCAAGAACGAUGUUUAAGAUAGCUUUGUGAAUUAGUUCCCGGAUGAUAGAUCGUGUUAAUGUCAUUACUAUGUAAUACAUCAACUUAUUGUCGUUAUAUAAAGAAUACAUGUAAUACAUCAACUUAUUGCCGUUAUAUAAACAAUACAUGUAAUAAAUCAGCUUAUUGCCGUUAUAUAAAUAAUACUUGUCAUACUUGUAUUGAGUUUGUUCUUGACAUUCAGUUCUCUGUGGAAAGGUCACAAAGUCGUCUUUCACAGUUCUGUAAACGGAUGACAUCCUGCGAGUGCCUACAGUGAUUUAGCAUAAGACCAUUGAACGUGGAGAUUAUUUCCACCAGAAUUAAUCUGCUAUAGUGCCGUGCAGCGACCACACCUGAGUGACAGGUCACGCGAACUCCGUGACACGAGCUGCACGGUCGGCACUUGCCAUUUCUCACCACGAGUAGCAGAAAUAGGUCCGCGUUAUGAGAUCUGAUUUGUCGCGUGAAUC